AUGCAGGGCACGUGUCCUGGGCUGCCGGGGGCCUAUCCGGAGCUGCGGGGCCCGUGUCCCGGGCCGCAAGAAGCCUGUCCCGAGUUGCGGGGCCCGUGUCCCGGGCUGCAGGGGCCCUGUCCCGAGCUGCGGGGCCCGUGUCCCGGGCCGCAAGAGGUGCGUCCCGAGUUGCGGGGCACGUGUCCCGGGCUGCAGGGGGCCUGUCCCCAGCUGCGGGACCCGUGUCCCGGGCCGCAAGAGGUGCGUCCCGAGUUGCGGGGCCCGUGUCCCGAGCUGCAAGAAGCCUGUCCCGAGCUGCGGGGCACGUGUCCCGGGCUGCAAGAGGCCUGUCCCGAGUUGCGGGGCACGUGUCCCGGGCUGCAAGGGCCCUGUCCUGAGUUGCGGGGCCCGUGUCCCGAGCUGCAAGAAGCCUGUCCCGAGCUGCAGGGCCCGUGUCCUGGGCUGCAAGGGGCCUGUCCCCAGCUGCGGGGCCCGUGUCCCGGGCCGCAAGAGGUGUGUCCCGAGUUGCGGGGCCCGUGUCCCGAGCUGCAAGAAGCCUGUCCCGAGCUGCGGGGCACGUGUCCCGGGCUGCAAGAGGCCUGUCCCGAGUUGCGGGGCACGUGUCCCGGGCUGCAAGGGCCCUGUCCUGAGUUGCGGGGCCCGUGUCCCGAGCUGCAAGAAGCCUGUCCCGAGUUGCGGGGCACGUGUCCCGGGCCGCAAGAGGCCUGUCCCGAGUUGCGGGGCCCGUGUCCCGGGCCGCAAGGGGCCUGUCCCGAGUUGCGGGGCCCGUGUCCCGAGCCGCAAGAAGCCUGUCCCGAGCUGCGGGGCACGUGUCCCGGGCUGCAAGAGGCCUGUCCCGAGUUGCGGGGCACGUGUCCCGGGCCGCAAGGGGCCUGUCCCGAGUUGCGGGGCCCGUGUCCCGAGCCGCAAGAAGCCUGUCCCGAGCUGCGGGGCCCGUGUCCCGGGCCGCAAGAGGCGUGUCCCGAGUUGCGGGGCCCGUGUCCCGAGCCGCAAGAGGCCUGUCCCGAGCUGCGGGGCCCGUGUCCCGGGCCGCAAGAGGCCUGUCCCGAGCUGCGGGGCCCGUGUCCCGGGCCGCAAGAGGUGUGA